AUGGAGUGCUGCUCCGCGGCAGUGCGGCGAGAGGCGCCAGUGAUGCAGCCUCUCACACCAUCAUCGCAGGAGCUCCUGGGCCUUCAGGAAUUCCUGGAGAACCGCUUUGCCAAACAGGAGGCUCUUCUACAGGACCUGGCUCGGGCCGUCAAGGCCACACAAUUCAGAUCAAAGACUGGCGAGUUUCGAUCAGCGCCACAGCGCACGGGUACCGGAGCCGUUUUAGACAUUGGGAGAUUGGAGACCAAACGGGAGUCGCAGAAACCAGUGAAGAGACCGAGCUCUGACACGAAGGCGGAGCAGGGUGGCCGGCCAGCACCCAUCAACAUCGGUGCGACUACCGGAGGCCUCACAGACAUCAUGGGCCCGGCGGAUGUGCAGGUCAACGAAUAUGACAGGGGACGAAGAGGAAGUGCGAGGCACAGCUUCUUCAGGACACUUCUGACAGACUAUGCAGAGAGGGCGCAGGCUGCUGCUGAAGCCGAAUUUGGCCACGUACGCGGAGGCGAUCCUGCUUUGCGCACAGGCAGUUGGGCCUCGCGCUGCAGCCGCUGCGCCUACCUGCUCGUGACCUCCACCUUCGCAGCACAUUUCAUCAUGGCGCUGAUUCUACUCAACCUCGUCCUUUUGGGAGUGGAGGUGGACGUGAGCUCCACUUUGGGUCAAGAUGAGAUCCCGCGCUGGUUCGAUGUCGUCAAUGUCAUCAUCGUAGGCGUUUUCACACUGGAGCUGAUCAUGAGCUUCAUUGCCUUCGGCUUUCACACUUUCUUCUGCGGUCCGGACCGAACCUGGAAUAUUUUCGAUUUUGUCAUUAUCACCUUGUCCGUCUUCGAGACUGCUGUGCAGAUAUGGUCGCCAGGCCUCAUCUCCCAGAUGCGCUACAUGCGCUUCAUGCGGCUUGCUCGUGCUCUGCGCGGGAUGCGAGUCGUGAAGCUUCUACGGUAUGUCAGCGCAUUGCGGACCCUCAUCUUCUCCAUCAUACACACGACAGGCUCCCUCAUGUGGACUCUGGUCCUUCUCGUGCUUCUUUUUUACAGCUUCGGCGUUAUCCUGACGCAAGUGGUGACCGACCACUGCAGGUUUGAAACCGUUGAGGCGACCGGGGAUAACAACGCAGUGCCCAUCUGUGAUCCGACCCUGGCUCUGUACUGGUCAAGUGUGCCCGAGAGCAUGCUCACACUCUUUAUGUCGAUCUCCGGGGGCAUCAGCUGGGUGGAACCGCUGGUGCCUUUACGCGAUGUCUCCUUUAUUGCAGUGGCCUGCAUGCUGCUGUACAUCUUUCUGACAGUUUUUGCUGUGCUGAACGUCGUGACUGGCGUGUUCUGCCACACAGCCAUCGAGUCUGCAUCAGCAGAUAAGGAAAUUGUCGUCAUGAGCCAGAUGCAGAAGCAGGCGACGCAAAUUAGCGUCCUGCGCGACAUGUUCAUGGAGAUGGACAAAGAUCUGUCCGAGAUGGUGUCUGUGGAUGAGCUGAAGGAGUCGCUGAAGUCGGAAAAAUUCGCCAGCUUCCUGGAAUCCAUGGGCAUCUCCACCCAGGAUGUCUUCACGCUCUUCAUGAUCAUCGACAGCGACCAGAACGGACUCAUCGACCUAAAUGAGUUUGUUACCGGCUUUGAGCUCAGCAGAAGGGCUUCCGUGCUCUUAUGUGUACAUUCUGCAUGUCGCAGUCUCUCUGUUUCCUAG